GACUGGUGGUGUUUGCGUGAGACGGCAGCCAUGAUGUUGCUGAAGGCACUGGUCUUCAUUUUGCUGUCACUUACAGUUUCAGGAGAAUAUUUCUACUUCCAAACCCACGUACAUCACAACCGUGCAAAAGCUGUUUGCAAGCAAAACGGUCUUCAGCUGGUGAACGUCAAAACCAAUGAAACCCAAAGGCUGGUCUCUGCUUACAUGGGAGAGAGGAACGUCAACCUCUGGACCGGGCUUCACUAUAACGCUAGUAUGAGCAAGUUCCGGUGGGGAGACGGGGAGAUUCUACCCUCCCCUGGAGUUCUAUCGUGGCAGGGUGGGCAACCAGAUCUAUCACAAGGAAUGAAAUGUGUUACGAUGAACCCCAGCCAUGGAACUUUCAUCUACCAAAUGGCCGAAUGCAUCGUCUACCGCACUUUCGUGUGUGUCGGUGAAGAAACACUGGACUUGCCCAAAGUUUGGCCAUCCAUGGUGAGGUACACAAAACGGAAUUCCACCGAACUGGGAUUCUGUGAAUCAAACCGAGAUGGCUUCCCAGAAUGUGUCUUUGAGAGGCGUGGGGUCAGUGGGCAGGUAUUCUAUUCUAAAAGUGUUGACGCUGUGGAGGACUGUGCUCUGACCUGCACGUACGACGAGCGCUGCUUAUACUUUCUGUACUUCGCCAAGCUUCAGGGUACCUGUAUCAUCCACAAACAAAUUCCUGGCUAAAUGUCAUCUUUAUGUAUGCGUUUUAUUACUCGUCUCUCAACACAAAACUCUAAAUGGGGACAAGGCUAGGGCUGCAACGAUACACCUAGGUCACGAUACGAUACGUAUCUCGAUACUUACGUUACGAUUCGAUACGUAUCUCGAUACGCUACGAUACACAUAGUGACAAGAGAAGAAAAGAGAUAAAUGAAUUAAACUUAGUUUAUUAAAAUGAAAAAUUGAAUGAAAGUGAAUUAAUGUUCAUGAGUCAUAAAAUAUAUACUGUAAUGAGUAUUUUAACUUAAUGAAUCAUCUGCCAUUUCCAUGUAAUGGCUAGCAAACACAAAAGUAACAGUCCUAAAUAUUUGUGAGUUGUGACCAGAUGGUAGAUUCUAGGAGUAAAUACUAAAUGUACCAGUGUCCAGUAACUAAUGAUUUGCCAUUUUCAUGUAUAAAGGCAAAAAAACAAUUAAAAACAAUUGUAGCAACAGCCAUGUUAUACACCAUUUGAAAGGUCU